GCGAAGCCGGUGCGGGGCCGAGGGGCCGGGGGCAGUGCGGGGUCUGCCAGGGGCAGUGAGGGUCUGGAAAGGGCAGUGCGGGGCCGGGGUCCUGCGGGACUCGGGGGGUUGCGGGACCGCUGCGGUGCCGGGGAAGGUGCGGAACCGAGGGCGGUGCGGGGCUGCCCCCGCCCGCGGCUCCUCCCGGCCCGCUGGGCUCCUCCCGCCCGCCGGCCCCGGCGAUAUUUAACCUGGGCCGGGGCGGGGAGCGGGACAGAGCCGGCCCCGAGCCCAGCGCGCCCCGAGCCCGCUCAGCCGCCGCCGCCUCCCGUCCCGUCCCGUCCCGCCCGGCCAUGCGAGCCCCGGCCCCGCUGGCGCUGGGUUGCGUCAGCUUCGCGCUGUGCCUUCUGGAGCUGCCCCACGGCCGGGCCCUGCCUGCCCGCAGGGUCCCCCCGGCGCGGAGCCCCCCGCAGCGGAUCCCUGCUCUCCCCAGAGACCCCCCAGCCCCGCAGCCCUUCGGGACCCUGCGACACCGAGCCCUGCUGGCCCGGCACGGCCCCUGGGUCGCCACCCGGCACCGCCCGCUCGCCCCCCGGCCCCCUCCGUGGCACGUCCGGCGCCUGAUCCUGCGGCACGACCCCCGGCACGACCCCCGGGCGGCGCGGGGCCGCCGGCACGACCCCCGGCACGACCCCCGGGCGGCGCGGGGCCGCCGGCACGCCGGGGCGCACCUGGUGCGGGUGGGCUGCGUGCUGGGCACCUGCCAGGUGCAGAACCUGAGCCACCGCCUGUGGCAGCUGCGGGGACAGUCGGGGCGCCGCGACUCGUCCCCCAUGAACCCCAACAGCCCCCACAGCUACGGCUGAGCGGGGGCGCGGCCCCGCCCCGCGGGACCCUCUGAAGCUCGGGCUACCCCGCGCUGCCCGCUGGCCACCGCCACCCCGGGGGGCUCCUGCGGCCACGACCCCCUGACGGAGCGCAGGGCGGCGGGGGCUGCCGGCCGGUGGCCGGCGAUGGCCCGCAGGAGCUGGCGGUGGCACCACGGGGACCGGUGGUGGCCCACAGGACUGGCAGCGGCCCACAGCGACUCACGGCGACCGGUGGCGGCCCAUAGUGACUCUUGGUGGCUCAGAGUGGCCCCUGGUGGCUGGUGGUGGCCCCUGGUGACCCGGGCCGGCAGUGGCCAGUCUGUCCGGGACGGGUCCAAGGGCCGCCGGGGAUCCCGCUGACCGCAGCAGCGCCGGGACCUUGUGCGGGACGC